AUGUCGCUACAAAUUGCUGUAGCUCAUACGGGCCAGCGUCUUGACGCUGAUCCCGUUGCCUUUACUUCGGUCGAUGCGCUCAAGUACUGGAUCUCAAGGACUACAGAGAUUCCGCCUGAGCAGCAGGUCUUGCUCACAACCCAAGGCAAGCAUAAGGAGAUAUUUGUAUUUAGUCGCGAGAUCUCCAACAACCCGCAGGCUGCCAUAUCCUCAACGCCUCUACCCGAUCACUUCACCCCCGAAGAUGCGCCAAAUCACCUCGCCAGCAAUACAGACCUUGGAGCAUGGCAAGCGCUCUUCCAAGCCCGCCGCAACUGGGCGUUUGCGCUUCUCGAGAAGUCACACUCCAUGUCACGCAUAGCCUCCAAGCACUUUGCCGAGCAAGCAACCAUCGAAAGGGCUACACAAGUCGCAGUUGGAAACCAUGAUGCGCAUAUCAAGGGGUUGGAGCAAAAGUAUAAAGCAGCCAAGGAGUGGUAUGAUGGGGUAGAGAAGGAAGCGGGAGACAACCUCCGGAGGCUGGACAGGGAUUUUGCACAGCUAGGAACAGUUUCCGCUAUCCUGAACUUCAAGCGAUUUUUGGCCAAGGAAAUGCGAUCUGCAAAGAAUGUACCCAGCAAUGUGAUUGUUCGUGAGACGCUCCAGGACUUUCUCGAUGUCGAGGCGGUCAAGAUGGCCACGGCGACUAGCCAGCGCGUACGCGAGGCUUUUGGAAAGCGCAUGGACAAGAUGAACAUGCAGCUAGAGAAGAUUGCGGCAGACUACAACGAUUUGUUGAAAGCGGUUGGUCAGAGUCAGAGCCGGUCCGUGGUCGACGAUACCGAAGAGCCCGUCCGCCUGUACAACGAAAUCGACGCAGUAGCAAAAAAGGUCGAAUCAGACCUUGAGCAUGUAAUGGGGCUCGAGGCAAGCUCCAAAUCAGUCGCCCAAGUCUCCAAGAUGGCUUUGUUGCAUACCCGAAAUUUCCUGCCAGCCAUACAGGAAUACAGUGUAGAAAUGAGCGAUCUCGUGCGACGGGCUGUGGAGCAAAAGAAUGCAGCCAUCAGAAACUCGGUUGAGAGCAUGCAGGGCAUCGCCAACAUUGAGUCCUUCAUAGCAAGCAUGGGCGCAGAUCUCGAGCAAAUCAGCAUACCGCACGAAGGGGUUGCAGCCUUUGAGCUUAUCUCUCUAGUCGGUCGCCUACCAUACGUAUACGGCACGCUACUCGUUGAAGCUGUCCGGAGGCGAGAAUGGAUGGAGAGAAUGGAAAGGGAUACAUCAUCACUCGCUGAAGAAAUGGCAACUUUCCAGGAGGAAGAAGAGCGGCGGCGUAAGAGAUGGUUAAAGCCGAUUGCCGAUGUUGUUAACCUGGAAGCUGUGCAAGGAGGCGCACUUGGCUUUGAAAUGAACGUACAGCCUGAGAAGACGGUAUGGCCCACAGUCACCCGCGAAGAGCUCCGGGACUACCUCAAAGACCUGCAAAGACUCGAUGGCCAACAAUCUGAAGCCGAGGCAUUCGCUCAUGCUAUCAAAGAUCUGGACCGUCCUACAAAGCAACAAAUCAAGCGUGCAAAGAAUUUUAAAAUGGGUAGUGUGCAUGAGCCGGCUUUUGGUAGAGGUUCACAUCUUAUGAUGAGAGGUGAUGAUGAGUUGCGCGUGCUGAAGGAAGGCAAUGCAAAGCUUGAGGAGGAGCUGAGAGGCUAUAAGAGCCGUGUCCGCCGACUAGAAGACCUCGUACAUCGCCAAAACACUGUCAGCAGGCUCUCUAUAGGUGGUGCUCCUCCGUCAUUCAGCAUCCCUGAUGCAGCGGAACCUUCAACACCGACAACGCGCGUGGCCUCGCCAAGACCGAUGGAAGAAAACUCCAGACGUUCCUCCAUCUCCUCCAGGCGGCUUUCGACAAACACCGGACAAGAAGAUAAGCGUCGCAUCCUGCGCCUGGAGCAAGAACUCGCAGCCGAAAAGGAAGCUCGUGCGAAGCUCGAAAAUGAAGCUCAGUCACGGAGGGAUGAGGACGCCGAUCAACAACGUCGAUUCGAAGAGGCCAUGUCUACCACGAACAACAUCAUGGAGAACAUGCGAGCGCAACAGAAGGAGUUUGCCGAGGAGCGAAAGUCGCUAGAAGAUGAGAUUCGAGUCUACAAGGCCAGGAUUGAGGAGGCUGAAGACGAGUUGGAUCGCAUUCUUGGUAGUCGCGACAACGAGCGAAUUGGUAUCGAUACCAGAGUACAAGAACUCGUUGCUGAACUAGAGCAGACGCGCAAGGAAGCGACCGAGCAAAAGACUCGCACAGAUGAGACUGAAGCACUACAGGCUGAAAUCAUCAAGCUCAAAGCUGCCAGGACACAAGAACGCGAAUCAUUAGCUACAGUGUUCAAUCAUCUUUCGCCAGGCACAAGUGUACCCGAUGAUCACUCGGCACUUAUUGCGCAGCUUGAGGAUGUGGCUGUGCGGUCACUGAACUACCAGAAGGAGCUCCAGCAGGCUGUGGCAGUGGCAAAGUCCGACAACGAGAAUGCUCAUGCCAGGAUUGAGGAACAAGAAAACAACUUCAACGUCAAGGCGGCUGAGCACGAGAAGGCAAUUGCUUUGGUCCGAGAAGAUCUAGAUGCAGAAAAGGCAAAGGCAGCCUCGAUUACCGCACAACUCGAAGAGGAGAAGAGCCAUCUGCAUGAUCUUCGAUCGAAAUUCGCUGAGGGCGAAACCGGUUCUGAAGCUCUGCGGAAGCGGGUGGAGGAGGAAGAGGCCAAGGUUGGUCGUCUUCAGACAGAGUUGGCCGAGAAGAACUCCCAUGCCAAUAGCCUUGAUGUCGAGCUUAUGCGGGCUGAGAAGAGGUUGCGCAAGCUGGAAGAGGUCGAUUCGUCGCGUACCCAUCAACGCAUGACCCGCGCAAAGGAUCUCAGUCAGCGUCUGUACACACAACACGAGCGCCUAGUCCGUCUGCUGGAAGCACUAGGUUUCGUCAUUACCCACGAGAAUGGCGAAAUGGUACUGCAGAGGGCGUCCAAACUUGGCAACAGCACUGUCAUGGCCGAUGCCAGCGCAGGAAUCAGCCGAAGCACAACCACGCCCUCGCCUACUCCCCUGAAGCGCUUCCUAGAAGAUAUAGGCGAUUUACACUUCCUUCAAUGGACAGAAGCAAUGAGCCCAGAAGAGGAAGACCAGCGCUACCAUGAGCUGAUUUCCAAGCUGGAUCUCUUCAACAUUGAGAUAUUCAGCGAUGCUGUGGCCAAGCGCAUGCGCGACAUGGAGCACACGGCACGAAAGUGGCAAAAGGAAGCACGAGCAUACCGUGACAAAGCACACCGAUUCCAGGCCGACUCGCACGACAAGAUUGCGUAUCGUUCCUUCAAGGAAGGUGAUCUCGCCCUUUUCUUGCCAACCCGCAACAACGCGCAUCGUCCUUGGGCCGCCUUCAAUGUCGGAGCGCCGCAUUACUUCCUUCGCGAACAAGACACACAUCGCUUGGGAGGAAAGGAGUGGCUUGUGGCACGCAUAUCGAAAGUAGAAGAGCGUGUUGUUGACCUAUCCAAAACGCUGGAUGGUCCACCUCGGGCAUCGUUAGACGAUCGCUCUGUUGCUUCGAGCAACGCAGUGUCGUUUGAAGACGACAACCCCUUUGAGCUUUCCGAUGGGCUACGCUGGUACCUGCUGGAAGCUACCGAGGAGAAAGCCAUGGCACCCGGCACCCCGGGCAUCAAAGGCGCCGUGACCGUCAAGAGCAGUCUUGAAACCGGGCAAGGCGAGAUGCAAAAGUCAAAGAAAAAGUCCUUGAUGGACCCAGCUACACAGCUCGGAAAAUCGCUCGAUAGCCGUCGCAGCAGUGGCACUAGUAAGAAGAGUGCCCCUCUAGCAGGCAAGAACAAUUCCGCAGAAGCCCUCUCGCCAGGCGAGCGCGCAAAUUCCACCCCCAACUCCGCCACCGCAACACGAGGCGGGAGCCCCGCCGGCACACAUGGCCCCAGCCACUUACGAGAAACCGAGACAAACGGCACAGAACCAGACAAGACGGCCUACGACGGAAACGGAACCAAUGUGCGCGACCUACUCUGGGGACCUUAG